AUGGAAUUUCCUCGGUGUCACACUGGUAAAGGCAAGGCCAUGGGGCAGUUCUGUUCCUGCUUUCUGGAAGAUUCAUCAGAUUCCGCAGAGCCUGGACCACCAAAUGCACAGAGCUUGCCAUCCCUGAGUCAGAGAUAUCCCAAGUCUUUGCCACUUUGUAGCUAUGCAGAGCCAAGCCACUGCUUUGAAGGGGGCUUUUCCAUUGAGUGGGACCCAGUUUUCCUUCCCUGUGUAUUUGAGGGCUGGGAUUUCCUGAGCUACCAGGGCAGGUCCAAUUGUGUCAGGAAGUUGGGCACAGAAGUCUUCUACAAUGAGAGUCAGAAGGAGCCACAAGUGGCCUCAGGAGAUGUGGACAGUGACAAAGACAGUGAAACAGAGAAGUCAGGCCAACCUUCACCAGGCUUGCUCAGGGACAAAGGACUGCACCUUGAGGCCAGUGAUGGUGGAGACUGCCCUCAGAAGGAUCCUGUUUCUGGCAGUCCCAGGUGCCUAGGCUGCUGGCCAUGGCUACAGAGGGCCUUUGGCAGGAAGAAGAAGCAGCAGCAGAAAUGCAAAGCCACCCAGAACUGUUUGGAGCCCAGGAGACCUGAGGAGUGCAAUUAGGACAUCCUCUGUCAGCUCCCACUAUCACAGCAACAGCCU